AUGAAAAGCAAAAUCGUCCACACAGAUAAGAAACGUUUGUGUAAUGGAAAACUGUGUUCGAGCAAAGCUGUACCAACUUCGUCGGAAGUUCGUGUUUGCUUAGGCUCGUCUCUGGCGAAAGCAUUUUUCGAAUAUAGUCACGACGAUACGAAAAACCUGUUGAAUUUAGUAGCGUCGGAAAAAACACCGAAGCCCUGUUUUACGAUUCCAAUCGAUGAUCAUUUACACGAGGACGUUGCGUCGCCGACCAACGACGAUGUCAUUAAAGCGAACGCCCAUGAGAAUAUAUUGGAAAUAGGCGAAGACCUGUUAGAAUGCUUUCGGAAGAAGAUCGAAGAAGAUUUACGAACGAAAAUAGAAAGACAGUCGCAAGAGAAGUUUCAUGUGUAUCAGGCGAAAAAAAGGAGGGAAGCCGAGCUAAAAACGCGGGAGUUGCACGCGAAAUAUGAGAAUUACAUUAAAACCGUUCAGGACGAGUUACAGGAACAGCUGGAGGCAGAAUGGGCAAACGCUGCUGAGGAAUGUGCCAAGAAUACUCAGAAAGCAGUUGUGCAGGAACGAAUGAACGUGACCCAUGAUAUGAUGCAAAAGAUGAGAACCGAAAUAGCUUAUGUCGUACAGUCCUUAUACAGAGAGUUCGAGGAUACUUUUCGAGCUCAAAGAGAGAACAUAAUCGCUGAUUUCAAUGGAAUUAUGAGGGAAACGCAUGUAAAAUUAAACGCAGAGAAAAGAGAAUUCGAGUCGAAAGUGGGCAGAGAUUUGUACGUUCAGAAACACCAGCUUCAAAUGCAAAGUACCGUAGAUAUAAUCAAUACCCUCUGUUUGGAACGAUUACGAUUUUGUAAAGAAAAACAUACCAUACACGAACAUUUUCAGAAACAAAUAGCCGGCUUUCACGAAUUGAUCGCUCAACUGAAGGAUGUUAUAUGCCUGAUGAGGCAGGAGAUUAUUAAUUGUUACGUUGAGAAAAAGUCGUUGGAAGAACAACUUUGCGAUGUCGUUAAACAGUUUCAGAAGUUCAUCAAUUUUAUAUUUCACGCUGUACCGGGACAAGCGGAAUAUUUGUUGCCAUUAGAAUUUCAACGAUCGAUAGUCUCAGACAAAAAUAAAGAAGAAAAGAAUAGCAAUAGGUCUUAAAGACCUAUCUAGAUAAAUAAUUGAUGGAAAUUGACUGGUUACCUCGUGACUUCCGCGCAGAAAUUAGAAACUAGAUUUGGAAUCUGACGACAAUAAAAAGUGGGCUGCUGGUAUUACGUUUCGCUAAAGCACAGUGAGUAUUUAUUUAAACACUUAAAACAAAAUUUUGCGCGAUAAUAAAAUUAAAAAAAUGACUGCAAACGCGCAAACGUUUGCUGAACACCGGAUAUGAUUCUUUGAACGUAUGUUUAUUUGGAACAUGUGAAUUUUAUACGUAUUUACCUGUAUAUCGUAUGUGCACAGAUAUACCGUAUUAUAAUCUGAAUGAUUCAGACUGAAUCUAGCUGGCCAAUUUCACGAAAAAAUUUCUUUAAGAAUGGUACAAAUCUGGCGACAUAGAAAUAAUUUUGAAUGCCCUUUUAGAAAAUAGUACGUACAUUGUCGUAACGUGUAUAUGAAAAAAAUAUUUCUACAAAAGUGUUUACAUCGUAUACACUUUUUACGUGCUUAAAGGCCACCGACGUAUUUUGUAUAGUAUCAAACAAUGACGUAUCGAUGAGUUGUAUUACGGUGCCGUAACAAUAAAUAAAUAUGGCGUGAAAUAUGAGUUCUCACGUGAUAUUACUUCCUCUUAAAGUCAACAUCAAAUGACCCAGUAAUCACAGCCAUAGGAAGCAAUAUUGUGGUACAUCAUAAUGUGUAGAUGCAAUGUUGUUUAUAUUACAAACUGACUAAGGAGCAAUUAUUAAUUUGUACUUGGAUAAUCAAGACGAAUUGUGCUUAUAACACAAUAACAUUGCCGUUUCCUUCCUAGUCUGUUCUUUCAUACUGUACAUACUCAAGUAACAUUAACUUAUCUAUAUUGCUCUACAAAAAUAAUUACUUUACACCGUUCGCAGUUGAUCUAGACUGCUACUAUAGUAAACAAUUUCUCCUUCGCAUAAAUCUAAACAUUUUCCUUCUCACGCAAAACUUAUCUAGAGGUUCGUUUCGAAAUCCGAUGUAUUACCUUAGUAAACUUACGUUUUUCUCUAAACUUAGAACGUGCGCUAUAUUUUAUAUAAAUAUCAAAUACUAAAAUUUUACAUUUUUAUUCGAAGCAAAUGAGAAUUUUUUUUUUAAAUGUGAAUCCGUAAGUCAGAGAUUAUCUUUCAAUUGUGCUGACUUAAUUAUGCUAUGUACAAGUUAUCGUUAAAUUUUUCCAUGCAUCCCACUGUUUUCUUUUAAACCUAAGCAUAUGGUACAAUGUUGAAUAUAUAUAAUCUAGUUUAUUAUUUAAGCAGAGCAUGUCUAUCAAACCUAACGUUUUCAAACAAAUGCUCGUAUUAGUUUUUUUUCAUUUGUAACUUGUUAGAUAUAACUUUGCUGUACUGAAGUGAAAUACUCUUAACAGUUCUCUUUUUGUACAAAAUACGUAUAUAUUUAUUUGAUUCAAAAUUAAAUACGACUCACCCUAAUGGACAAUUAUUGUUACGUUUCGAUAUUUUUGUAUACAUUAAAUAAUUUAUGAGUGUCAGAGAUAGGUUCACACAAAUAGGCUAACAUAUAAGUUACUUUAUAACAAAAAUACAUAAUUUUUUCAUAAAUAAAUUGAAUGUGAUUUACAAAUAAUUUUGUGGUGUUUUUGUUAUGUAUUGUAGUCAUAAAGUAAUAAAUUUCAACGUGUUGGACAACAGUUGGCAAUACUAGUAUCAAUGAAUAUUUCUCCUUCGGAGUAUUAUAGCUAAUUGUUGAUUUCAAUUUUGUUGCUUCUUCCAAAGUAAUGUAU